AAGCAGCGCCGCCCUUCAAGAGCAAGACAAUGCUUUCGUGUCUCACCAUUUGCUUCGGUCCGUUUGAUGAUGCUGGUAAGAGAGGGAGCGGAGUAGGAAAUGGCCACUCGGACCCACACAAUCGCCCACGAUGCCAAAUGACAAGCGGUGAAAAAUUCCGCAUCAGCGACAAUGCCCGAGCGUGAGGCUAGACUGACUAUCAUCAAAAGUGCCUCCCUUACCGAAUCCCUUUCUUAUCUCUUAUCGUUGUUUCCACUUCCCCACGUCGUUCCUUUUUGUCACUUACCCUAGACCCUCUCUUUGUUCGCGACAGUGCGCUCGUUCGCACCAAGCAUCAAAUGACCACCAGCCAUUCAGGCUCUUGCCUGCCGCCUUCCAGCAGUCUACCACCGGUCCGCUCGUUGAUCACUACAAGUGAGGAACGAGUCAACUCAGCGCUGCGUGAGCUCCAGACUUUGUACUGUCCCUUGCGACUACCGACUCUACCGAAGUCUAGCGUCCGGCGCAAGGACCUUUCAGCGGCUUCAGGUGUCUCUACCCCCAUCCCGAUAGACUCUGGUUACGUUUCGCAAGAUGAAGACGAGGACGAUGAAGCCGCUACAGAGGAGGUGACUGCAGCAAUCCGUGCAGACCCCUUCGAACGCACCUUUGCGACAAGAUGGCUCACGUCUUUGAUUUCCAGAGUGGAAGAGAUGGACCUUACCGAGGAUGCUAGGAGCCAAAUAGUCGACGAUGCGGCGUUCAUUCUUUCUUCCUUCUCGGACUCGACGAACGAUGCGGAAGAAGAGGCUCUGACCCGCGAGUUCUUCUUCCCAACGGGCCUCGGUGUGCCAAUCGAGGUAACCUUGAAUGAUGCGCCACUGACUGGCGCUGAUCACACUGACGUCGGGCUCCAAUCCUGGGGUGCAAGCAUCGUGCUCAGUAGCAUGAUGUGUGCCGAACCCGAACGCUUUGGUCUUACAUCAACAUUAAUACCUGAGCGGCCAACGAUUAUCGAGCUUGGUGCUGGCACUGGGCUUGUGAGUCUCACACUGGCGAAGCUGCUGCCUGCUCUUAGUGUAUACCCAGCCAGUAUUUCGGCCACAGACUACCACCCCACGGUCCUAGCCAACUUGCAGGACAACAUCAACACCAACUUCCCUCCGGGUGACAAUGUGAACAUGCCAGUGAGUGCCAUGGCACUCGACUGGUCCAUACCACCCCCGGAUCUGCACUCUUCUUCAGAACUUCUGAUUGCCGCCGAUGUUGUCUACGCACCACAACACGCUGCAUGGCUUCGCGACUGUGCCGCGCAUCUUAUCACCGGCGACGGCGUCUUUUUGCUUAUUGUCACUGUUAGACAGAACGGGAAGUUUGAGGGCAUCCCGGAUACCGUCGAAGCAGCGUUUGUGCCGGAGCUCUGCCCGAGAGAUGAAGCAGGGCGUUCUUUCAAAAUUCUGGAAAGCAGCCAUGUCGAGAAGCGGAGAGGUAUCGGGAGGGGCGAUGAGAAGGGAUAUAAUCUCUACAAGAUCGGCUGGGCAUAGAAAGGGAUAGACAGCAUGGAUGGCGUCCGAGGCGUUGUUGGAGCUUUAGCGUGCAUUGCAUUAUAGAGCUAGAUCCAGACUAUAGAACACAUUUAGA